AGCUAAUAAGCAAAUCAACAGUGGAAACUCUGUCCUUUUAGGUUUUAGUGUAAUUUUGUUUUCUGUACAGGAUUUAAGCUCCCUAAAGGGGCUAACCUCUGGCAAUGCUCUAGUUUCAAAGGUCGUAUGUUUGGGUCAUGUCUCCAAACACAACCACUGAGCUCCUCUGACUAAAAGCUGAGAUCAGCCUGGAGAGGAAUGUAAGUUGUCACUAGAGCUAUUUUGGCAAUGUACAGCCGCUAAUGAUUGUGAUCACAGAGCCGGGCUCGGAGCAGUUGCUUUGCUUGACUUUUUUCCUACCACCAAGUUUGAUCAUGCAGCUCUCACUGGCGCUGCAGGGAUUAGAGAGUUAAACGAAUGGCACGUCGGCUCCGCUUGCAUUUUGCGUCAAGGAGAAGCAACACUGACCCUCUGUCAGACAGCCUUAGCAGUCAUGGUGCGGAGAGUGGAGUCGGUGUGUCAGCUCGUAGCCCCGCAGAGAGUCUGGCGCACAGUUCUGUACACUUGAAGGUGACUCCUCUGUCACCAGACUAUGGUAAUUUACAUCGGUACUCUUCAGUAUUGAUGCCCAGGGUUAACAUUGGAGGAUGUAAUAAGAAGAGCAUUCUGCAGAUCUCGCUGCAGCCCUGUGGUAAACUCAGUGGUGAGCUGGAUGGCAGUAUAGAGGAUGGAGACCAGGGAGUUAGUGAAGGAGGAGCGGGUACUGGCUCUGACGGAGGCUCAUGCAGCAGCAGCAUGGCCAGCGAUGCCGGGUACUGUAGCAGCAACAGCAUCUUUGAGCCAGAGGCUCCAGAAAAGCACAGGACCACCCAGGACAGGAGUUUACAUUGCUGCAAGUCCAAGGUCCCGCUGAGACGGUGCUCCUCCUUGGUUAUAUUUCCGAAGAGCCCCUGCAGCACCCCACCUGCUUCCCCAGUAAGUCCGGUGGCUUUACCUGCUCUCCCACCAGCGAGUGGGUCUCAUCAGUCAUCUCUUCAGACACCUGCCAGUGAAUUCCCACAAGAUGAUGAGGAAGCGACUUGCGAAGGGUCCACCACCACGGCAGCAAGUGGCCAUCGUCUCCUAAAAGGAAGCUGUUCAGCAGAGUUCAGGGACACUAAACACAUGGUGCAAUUCAAUAUUCCUUUACAAGAUGAACCAAAAUGUAAAAUGGAGGACAGGUGUAAAGUAAUGGAACUGUCAUCAACUCCAGACAGAACGAAUCGUCACUCUAGCAGUGUGCUGCUGCACUUUGCCCACCAGAAACCAAUAAUGUCCGGGAAGGAAGCCACAACUACAGCUACAGUCAAUGUGGAAUAUCCUGAGGCUCCUAACCCAGCCGCACACCCUGAGGGUGAACAUGAACCUCACAAGAAACUGUAUCGUAGUACCUCUGCUUGCUUGUUCUCCUCAACUAAACCAUCAGAGAAAAACCAUAAGGUCUGUUCAUAUGGAAAAAGCCAGGAAAGGGCUGAGGAAAACCCCUGUCAUCGUACCAUACAAAGGAGCUUUUCCCUGGAGGUGCCCUACCCUAACACUGGAAUUUCAUGUCACGUUUCGAAUCCAAAACUCAGUAGCCCCUGCUCCCCACAUGUGUACAUUCAUUUGUCUUCUGGCUGCCCAGCUAAGUUGCCAAGCUCUGUUACUAAUGUAAGCACAAGCCACAAAGGGAAUAAUACACCAAUGAGCCCAGGUCAAAACACCAAGGUGAGUUUUAAGUUUUUUAAUUGGAAUUAAUUGAUGCUCCCUGACAAUCAGGAAUGCGCCAGAAUGCCUGAAACUUAACAAUGACC